AUGCGCUAUCUUGACUGGGUACACCGCGUCAACCUGGCAGUGGCUCGUAGCCCUGUCGGGUGGUGGUUUCGUCUGGAAAACUCGGGUCAUCCUAAUGAACGGAAAGGCAGCUUUUUCUUUACCGAGAUGCGCGCCGGCUUAGCGACGUUUUUCGCCAUGGCCUACAUCAUUAGCGUGAAUGCCACCAUUACCUCCGACACGGGCGGAACCUGCGUCUGCCCACCCGAAAGCUAUGCCGACCAAUGCGACACCAACACCGAAUAUUUGCUGUGCGUGCAGGAGGUCAAGCGCGAUAUUGUCACGGCGACCGCCGCCAUUGCUGCCCUCUCCACCUUCUUUAUGGGUGUCUUCUCGAACUUGCCCGUGGCGCUGGCACCAGGCAUGGGGCUCAAUGCAUACUUCGCCUACACCGUGGUCGGACACCACGGCUUUGGCAUGAUUCCCUACAGAGUGGCUCUGACUGCCGUCUUUGUCGAAGGAUGGGUCUUUCUGGCCUUGACGCUACUGGGAAUCCGCCAGUGGUUGGCCCGCGCGCUGCCCGCGUCGAUCAAGCUGGCAACCGGCACGGGCAUUGGGCUGUAUCUUACGUUGAUUGGGCUUACCUACAGUGCGGGAAUCGGGUUGGUAACAGGCGCCACGGACUCGCCUAUUGAACUGGCCGGCUGCGUGGAUAGUCUUCGCGAUGCGACGACCGGCCUCUGUCCGUCGGAUGCAAAGAUGCGCAAUCCGACCAUGUGGAUCGGGAUUUUCUGCGGUGGAGUCCUGACAGCUCUGCUGAUGCUGUAUCGGGUGAAAGGCGCCGUCAUUAUCGGAAUCCUGCUGGUGUCCAUCAUCUCGUGGCCGCGACCGACCCCGGUGACGUACUUCCCGCACACCGAACUGGGUAAUAGCAUGUUUGACUUCUUCAAACAAGUCGUUACCUUCCACCCGAUCAAGCACACAUUGGUUGCACAGGACUGGGAUAUCACGGGGCACGGGUCGCAGUUUGGGCUGGCCUUCAUUACCUUCCUGUAUGUGGAUAUCCUCGACACCACUGGUACGCUGUAUUCCAUGGCGCGAUUUGCCGGGACGGUCGAUCCUCGCACGCAGGAUUUCGAAGGCAGUGCUCUGGCCUACAUGGUGGACGCCAUUUCCGUCUCGAUCGGAUCCCUCUUUGGCACGUCUCCUGUCACAGCAUUUGUCGAAAGCGGCGCCGGAAUCUCCGAAGGCGGUAAGACCGGCCUCACCUCCUGCAUGACGGGCAUCUGCUUCUUCAUUGCAGUAUUCUUCGCCCCGAUCUUCGCCUCCAUCCCCCCCUGGGCCACUGGCUGCACCCUGGUGAUCGUGGGGGCGUUGAUGGUCAAGGCGGCGGCCGAAAUCAACUGGCGCUACCUUGGCGACGCGGUGCCUGCCUUCCUGACCAUUGCCAUCAUGCCGUUCACGUACAGUAUCGCGUACGGGUUGAUCGCGGGUAUCUUGAGCUACAUCACACUGAACGGUAUCAUCUGGGCGAUCGAGAAAGUGACUCGGGGACGCAUCGUGCCCCCCAAUAAGGAUGAAAAGGAGCCCUGGUCGUGGAGGAUACCUGGGGGGUUCUUCCCGCCGUGGCUGCGCCGCGCCGUUCGGGGAAAGAAGGACUUUUGGCGGGAGGACGAACGGGAUCGCAGCGUGAUGGAUGGGGGAUCGGUUGAGUCACAGGAUCGACCGGAAAAGCAAGACGUGGCGGCGGGGGGCAAGGAUAUGUAA